ACCAAACUCAGUCCGCAAUCCCCGCAAUAACCAGAUCUCCCCACACUCAUCCUCGGCUAGCAAUGGAGGUCUCAAGCACCGCCGCCGCCGCAUCGAAGGGGAAGAAGGGCGCCGCCGGGCGCAAGGCCGGCGGGCCCAGGAAGAAGUCCGUCACGCGGUCGGUGAAGGCGGGGCUCCAGUUCCCCGUCGGCCGCGUGGGCCGCUACCUCAAGAAGGGCCGGUACGCGCAGCGCGUCGGCACCGGCGCCCCCGUCUACCUCACCGCCGUCCUCGAGUACCUCGCCGCCGAGGUCCUCGAGCUCGCCGGCAACGCCGCCAAGGACAACAAGAAGUCCCGCAUCAUCCCGAGGCACCUGCUGCUCGCCGUCAGGAACGACGAGGAGCUCGGGAAGCUGCUUGCCGGGGUCACCAUCGCCCACGGCGGCGUGCUGCCCAAGAUCAACCCGGUGCUGCUCCCCAAGAAGACGGCCCAGAAGGAGCCCAAGUCGCCCAAGAAGGCUGCCAAGUCCCCCAAGAAGGCUUAGAAGCAAUCCUCCUUGGCUGUCUUUAGGCUGUGUACUAGUGCUAGGUGUUUGGCGACUGUUGUCGAUGCAAUGUUCUGAACCAUGUUGCUAUGAAAAAAUAUAGGGUCAGAAGUCUCUCUGACCUGCCUAAUUUCUCUCA